GCUCAGCUUGGCAGAUGGUCAAGUCACUCCGAUCAGCAUCAGCCGAUGCUCGAACGACUUAAUCUCUGUAACAUCGGUCAGAGUCAGUCCGGGCACUUCGCCGUCUCCGCAUUCGUAACGUUCUCAUGUUAGCUGCGCUUAGAGUACACGAACUGACCUCAGGCGUGACCCGCCUACGGCUGACAAUGGGGCGUUGAGCCUGCAGCACUCAAGCCAAGACAACUCACCUCCAUGCUGUACCAGUAGGGGUAGAUCUCAUUUCGUCUAUGGCUAUCAGCACGGUGUACGGGCAUCCAGUGAUCAUUGAUGCACCGGCAAUCUUGACGACCCCUUCGAACGCUGACAGCAUUGGAGACACGGCUCUACGCUUUAUAAGCGGGUGGCUAUGUCCACCGUUGGCAGGUAUAUAAGCUCUUCGAACUUCAAUCCGGUGACUACGACAGCUGGAACUCCUUCAUCCUUUCUACUUCUGCGCCGGGCGUAUUUCAAGCAUCCGAGUCCUCUGAUUUGUCGCACAUUCCUUAUUCCUUGAUAAUUCUAUUCCCGCUACGCUGCCAUCCAACGUAUCACGUCAUAUUCACGAUGAAGACCACCACGAUUAUCUUCUCCCUGUUUGCUGCUAUUGCCGGUGUGCAUGCAGCACCCGCUCCUCUCGAAAAGCGUGGCGUCAAUCCUGCGCUCGUUCCCAACUUCGGUAUUCAGCGUGGUGCUCGCCCUGAUGGUCAUGGCAACUGCGUCGGUGACCACAACAUUCUGAUUCCAUGCGCAUGCCCACCUACGCGAUCCGAUUUCAUUAACGCUCUGAACGCGAAUGUGAACGCGGGCCACAUGAUCCACAACCCGUCCAUCGCUGCGCCCUUCCCCAGCGGCAACUCCAAAUCCUCCCAACAGGCGCGUAUUGCGACCCUUCUCUCGACGCUGCAGAACCUGCAUGGGCCCGGUGUUGGAUGCCCGGCCGUCUCGACUGUGUACGGCGACCUCCAGCAGAAGAUCAACGCGCUCCCGAACUAGGGUGCGACCUCCUACGCAACGUUCUGAGGCUCCAUGUGCUUGCUACGUCCGGCAGAGAUGCUGAUAAGCAUAGGAAAGAUCAACAGAGGGCGCUGAAACCCGUGUCUCGUCUGUAUAUGUUGU